CGCACCAACUUGCCUUGAAUCCAGAGCGGCGCCGUAAGUGAAAGAAACGGGAAUAUACGGUGGGUAUUUUCUUGUGUUUUGCCUGCAUUGUGACUCGACUGGGACAUUGAUAAACGACAAACUUCUACACUAGUGAAGGAAAGUCAAAAAGCAGGAUGGGUGAAAGCAACUGCUCAAGGAUGGAUGUAGACAACGAUACAUGCCACUUCAAGCACCACAUUAACCCUCCUGUGAACCGCCUGAUCAGCGCCUCCAUGUUUGCUUUAGGCAUCUUUGGAAAUGUAGCUGCCCUGGUGGUCUUGGAAAUACGGCGACGCAGGAACGUAAGGAGUGGAGGCACGUGGCAGCGCAGCUUGUUCCACAUCUUCAUCACAUCAUUGGUGGUUACGGACUUGACUGGAACCUGUUUUACCACCCCGUUAGUGCAGCUUUCAUACUCGCGCAACUUAACCCUGGUUGGUAUGAGGCCUAAAACUUGCAGCUUGUGUUCGUACUUUGGUGCCAGUAUGACCUUCUUCAGCCUGGCUACCAUGUUGCUCCUCUUAACUACAGCACUAGAAAGAUGCUUUGCCAUCGGGUACCCCUACCUGUACAGCCGGCAUGUCACCAAGAAGUGUGCAUACAUCACAAUAUUGCUGGUGUUUUUGUUGUGCAUAAUAUUCUGUCUCCUUCCUUUUGCUGGAUUUGGGAAAUAUGUACAAUACUGCCCGGGCACAUGGUGCUUCAUUGACAUGAAUGCAGUGAAACCACGGAACAAAGCCUAUGCCAUUCUGUAUGCCACUAUUAUGCUGGUGCUUGUGGUGGCCAUUGUAGUGUGUAACGCCUUUGUGGUGUACCAGCUGUAUAGGAUGUACCAGCGCCGGAGGAGAAAUGGCUCAGUGAUGUCCACAAUGAGAUCCAACAGUGAGCGCAAGCUUCUGUCCAUGUCAGAGGAGGUGGAGCAUCUGAUCAUGAUGGUCGUCAUGACCGUUAUCUUUAUCAUCUGUACACUACCACUAGUGAUUCGAGUGUACAUCAACUACAAUGGCGAGAAUGAUCACGCCUCAGACCUGAAUGCUCUCCGCUUCAUCUCCGUCAACUCCAUCGUUGACCCCUGGGUCUUCAUACUACUCUCCCCUGGUGUUCAGCACUUUUGCUGGACCUCUGUCUGCCGGUCCACCCUGAUAGCCCAGAGGGGAUCUGUGUUUAAAUCAUCGCUGGCUAAAGAAAAUGCCAAACUAGAACUGUCUCGGCCAACGCUGUACACGGAGCAAAUUGAUUCAGUAAAAAAUAUGUGACCGCAGCAGUGCUUUGCCAUCACUUGAUAUUUACGUUUACUGGACAUGAAAGUAGACUGUGCGCUGUCCUACCUGAGCACCGAAGCUGCAGAGGUUUGCUGGGUCACAGCAGUGUUUCUUUUGGGUAAUGGUCCAUGCCAUCAAGCCGAUAAGAACUUCUAAGCAGCUUUAUCAGUUUGGGGCCGUCUCUUGCCAAUUACUGGGCAUUUCCAUACACUUCUAGCAUUUCAGCUAAAUGCACACUGACUUCUCCGGAGCUUUUGACUCCUUCAUGACUUGCAUUCUUUAUGAAUUAAAGAAAAAGUGGCUGCUGAUGGGAAAGGAAAUAUCCAAAGUUUGGCAGUGAUGUCAUAGACAAUCUGCAAGUGCGUUACAAAUAUUGAUCACUGGUAUUAUGAUACUUCUCUUAUCAACCCUGAGAGUCUAAACCUCGUACUUUAAACUAGGCUGCCAGAUUCAUGUUAGAAAAGUCAAAGGGCAGGAUGCCUACAGAGUCUUAGAUUAAGCUAUCUUUUAACCAAAAAAGGUAGAGAGCUACAGUAUUUAUUUUUUAUGUAUAGUGUGUAGUAUACAGGAUACACUACCAUGUUAUUAACAACAAGGUUUUCAUGUGCAGAUGCAGCUGUAUUUUGAUUUAAGCUUCUUAUACUGUUAAGGAAAAGUGGAUCAAUAAUCUCAUGACAUGUGGCUGUUAUUGCAAUGCUUUUGAUGCACUUUAUGAAUUUCGGGUACUUUUUAAAGUGGGUCCUAUUAAUGACAAAAUAAUUAAAAAUAAUGUGAUCAAGUUAAUUUUCCAGACCAGGUAGGUCUAUAUGUUAACUAUUAUAGCAUAAACUUACCUUUUCUGCCUUAAACGAUACUGUAGAUUAAAUUAUAUCAGCUGUGUGAUUUGUAAAGAAAUGGCUGAUUAUAUUCAGAAUUUGCCACUGGAAUGGCAAACAGUUAUUAGCAGCAAUUCACUAAAUACACGCGCAAAUGCAUCUUUAUGCACAAUACAAAGAAUAUGCAGUGGCCAUUUAUAAAUGCUGUCUCAAAGUUUUCAUUAUAAAUAUUUACACAACUUUAGCUUUAGCCCUACAUCUACAUCAGCUGGUUUGAGAUGAUACCCUUUUACACACCUGUUUGGCAAAUAUGAACCACGCCACGCCAUUUAUUGGGCUUUAGUCUGGCUAAAGUUGCUAUGUAUGCAACUCAUCUCUACCCAACUCCACCUUCUAAGCUGAUGAUGUGAUUUUUGUUUUAUUUGUGUUUGCUAUGUCCUAGCUUUCCAUAAACAGUUGUGUUCAGAAGUUCUCUUGGACAUGAAUUUCAUAGUUUGGGGCUUUUAAUGAUUUCUUUGAACUAUUUUUUUAUAGUGUGGAAUCACUGUAACUUAUAAACUUGCCUCAUGCACACAAGCAGUUUUUCUGUGCUUCUCAAAGUUCUUUCUAUCUAACGUUGACACACAUUUUCUAAUUUAUGCAUAAAACUUUUUACAGAAGAGGUAAAGGGCAGUGGGGGUAGAAAAGUGGGGAGGUCUUUAUUCCCCCCCCCCCCAGAGUUCUGAGAAAAAAGUCGGAAUUCUGAGCGAUUUGAAAAAAGAAAAAAAAAAGACGUCCCCACUUUUUUGUUUUUUUUUCUGUUUUUCCUGUAGCCCUAAUCCCCUUCCAUAACUUUUGACUAUAGUGGCUCUGACUGAAAUACAAGACAUCUUUUUAAAUUAGGGCUCACAGCUAAGAUCCUCUUAGAAAUUCAGCUGGUAAAGCAAAGGUUUCCAAUGUAAGUUUCCUUUCAGGUCCUUAAAAAUUGUACCCUGCAUUAAUCAUUUUGCAGUUAGCCUACACAGGUCACGCGCUUUACUGAUCAGCCACCCACUAUUACACAACAGUGAUGUCACUUUUAACAAAGCAGCUGAAAUCAGAUGACUACUGAUUUUCCUGGAAAAAGUGGGUAGUGUUCUCCACUUUUUUUUGUUUUUUUGCAGACUUUCAAUGGAAUAAAAAGUUAUAUGUGGUUGAAUUACACAAUAUCUUUCUUUUAAAGGAACCCUAAUAAAAUGUGGAUGGAUUAUCCGGUAAUAAAAUAAAGCUACUGCAAACUUCUGCCUGCUCUCCUGCCAUUAUCUCUCAAAAAAAGGGAAAACUCUCCCACUGGCGUGGCUGGGUUUAGGAAUUGAAAUAGUUUGGUGCUCAAAUGAGUACAAAGUGGAAAAAUGUUCACAGAAAUGUGUAGUAAAGGCCAGGAGAUUCAGUGAGCAUAAAGUCAACUUUGACUGUAUCAGUGUGAGAAUUGCCCGUUGUGUUGUUAAAAUCUGCAGUUUAUUGCCUCUGCUGGUCUGUUGUUGAUUCUUAGCUCAGGCUCAAUAUGUUCAGUGUUUAUGACAGAGACUUACUGCUUCCUGUCAGUGGUAAUGUGUUCUUUCUGUGUGCGCUAAUGCCAUUGUGUUCUCUUGUGUUUUUGAGAAUGAGCGUGUGUAUGUGUGUCUUUGCGUCAGUGUGCCUGUGAUAUGUACCAGCUUGUGUGACAGACAGCAAAUGUAAUGUCAAACCUGAAUGCUACCUACCUGGAUUUUUCUGUAAUUAAGUACUGUACAUGAAAUUGAAUGCACUGAGCACACAAGCUUGUGUGUGUGUUUUAUGGCUUGUGUAAAUAAACAUCUCAUCU